UGUCUAAAUACUGGCUGGGAAAUGUAAAUAAAGCCACAUUGUCGCCGACGUCAGCGUUGCCCCUUUAAUUACCAGUCCCUGGAGUGGCAUCUACCGGCGGUAGCAAGAGAGGACCACAGUUAGUAACUCGGUGCCGCUUGGUCCCCGCGUUGACGCGGCACAGUCCCACCACGGACAGUUCAGGUUCACGGAGCGGGUCCAGCAAGGAGCCCGAGUGAGGAGGGGAAGCUGAAUAACGCAGGCUGAUGCUGAAUUGUGGCGGGGCUGCUGGAGGGGUGUAGAGAGAGGCGAUGAAUGCAGUAACUUGGAGGCGAGUGGAAGCACUAGAGAGAGCGCAGUGAUCCGCUGUAGCCCGGCGAUCCAAGGUGGGGGAUGCGUUACGGGCUCCGCUUCUGGCUUGUCUCACCGGCGGUGCGUGGUGGCCGCGGCUCGGAGCUGCGGAUGGCAGUGGGGCGGAGUGAGCGGCUCGGCGGGGAGCUGCCGUGGUGGGUCAGUGUGAGCGGCGUCUGGGCGAGCGGCUGAACACAGCGCAUCAUCCGCUGCCCCCCUCCUCUCCUCUCUCCAGACCCAGGUGGAAGUUGGAAGCGCGGGGAGGUUCGAGGAGCCCCUCUCUCCUCCCACUGGGAUGUGGCGGGGCCACCGAGCCGGGCAGAGAGACGUCUGAACUCCGCGCUGCUCCACACAAGACAACAAUGCGCCUCCGACUACUGCGCUACCUGUUGCUCGACCUGCUGGGCUUGUGGUGCCCGGUGCUGGACUGCAUUACCCAAGGCAAGGCGGGCCAACACUUGGGGGGCAUCGUGGUGGUCUCCGGCCAGAACACCUCGAAGGAACCGGGCGCCCCGGAGAUGCCACCCAAGCCGGACCGCUGCCAGGGCUACUACGACGUGAUGGGCCAGUUCGACCCGUCUUUCAACUGCAGCACCAGCAUCUACCAGUACUGCUGCGGCACAUGUGGCUACAGAUACUGCUGCCAGUUCAAAGAGUCCAAGUUAGACCAAAGCAUUUGCUCCAACUACCGCACCCCGAACUGGGCGAAUGUGAGCAAAUUCCCACAGAGGCCGGACGAGAGUGCGUUCGACCACACCAGGGAUAAGACCAAUUUAAUCGUGUAUUUCAUUUGUGGCGUUGUGGCAAUCAUGGUCCUGGUGGGGAUCUUCACUAAACUUGGACUGGAGAAAUCGCAGAGACCUCGGCGAGAACUGAAUGUGUCCAGGGCUCUGACUGAUGCAAUGAAGCAGCAGGGACAGUGUACCGCCAGUCAUUUAGAAAGGGAUGGUAAAGUUGCGAUUCACGUGCAGCAUGAAAGUAUGCAGCCCACCACUUCAAGGAACGAUUUUGAUUAUCUGCAUCUGCAGAAUUUCCCAUUUGCAACGGUGGCAGCAGAAUUGGACCAGACACAGAUGAAUAAUGCAGGCACAACCUACCCCCUGAUCUCACAGAUGGCCCAACCUCAUUCCUAUUCCACCUUGGCCCAAGGUUCUCACUCCUUUGAACAGCAAGUCCCUGGCAAGGAGCUGAACAAGUAUGCCUCACUAAAAGCUGUGGCUGAAAAGGCAAACGAUGACUUCUUUGCCAAGCGUCAGCAUUUUGCGGAGCUGGCGGCGAAGGGGAGCUUGCCCCUCCACCCAGUGCAGAUGCCAAUGGACCACGAUGACCCCGUGCGGGCCUCGGACACCUACAACCCCAAGCCGCCCGGGCAGCGGAACAAAAUCACCAAGAUGCACACGCAUCCUCUGGUCUUCGAUUCUGACUACAAAACCUGGGACACGAAUGACACUACCAUCCGCCGGCAGGCUUACGCCAACAAGAGACCCUGCACAGUGGGUCCUGUGGCAGAGAAGGCCAGUCCUCAGGCACAGCAUUACCUGGGACAGCAGCCGUACUUUGUAACCAACAGCAAAACAGAAGUGACCGUGUGAUGAUCAGCGCCUUUUUUAUUAAAAAAAAACAAACAUUGAUACCUGAGAAUUACCUACCCCAGAUGGAAGAAUGUUAAAAUGUGCUCUAGUUGUCGACUAAUGCAAAUUGGGCUACGGAAUUUGAAAAAAAAUGAGCAAUACAUGCUGAAGGAUGAAGUGGACUUUAUGUUGAGAAAAAAAAGUUGCGAAUUUUCUUAAAGAAAAAAGACCAGUUCAUAUUGCAAUAGCACAUUUCAGUUUUGUUGUCAGAGGUGAUUGGGACAUGCGAAUGUUUAAGACAAUUGGGAGCAUGUUUUCUGUAGUUUUCUAGCUUCCUCUGCGCGCAAUUGGGAAAGGAAGGUUGGAGACAGCUUACCCCUGUCUUAAACAGAGAGCUUCUUGAUCAGCUUGCUGACUCUCAGCUGCCUUCAGUCUCGCUGGGAAGACUGGGUAACAUAGGUCGUGCCUUUACUCUGGAAAAUGAUGCUGUUCACUCCGGCCAUGGUUGGCAAUCCCACUUCCUCGCCAUCCAAUCUCCACUAACGUUAGCGCUGCAUCUUGUACUAUGCCCAAGGGAUUGGUACAGUUGGCCAUUAAGAUCAAGAUGCUAGCGUUGGGCUGCAUUCCAUGUUCAUGAAGUAGACUUCUGUGAAUAUUCUCCCUCUCAAUUAAUUGGUGUCAAGGCCUCCUUCAGAAGAUCCUGCAGUUAUCAAGCUGAAAAAGCGAGGGAUAGAAACUAAAUGUGCAUUUCAUUCUAUCCUGUUUCAGAAAGAAAUCAUAAACGAUGACCUAAUCCCAUCACCAAUUUUAUAUGUAUAUGGAGGGUACAAUUUUUUAAUGAGUCUUUGGAUUUGGUAAACAAGUUGUCGUUAUAUCUCCAGUGCUGAAGUUAACUUGUUUUCACUUGAAUUCAGUACAUUACAGAUUGGUUCAUUAGGAUGCCCUACACUAUCUGCUUCCUGGAUGCUUUGAAGCAGGGGUCUGACAACAUAAUGCAGAGUUCUAAAAUCUGUGCACCGUCUGGUUAAAUUUUUCAUCUUCAUGCAUAAUGUACCAUUAAUGAAAUUUGUAAUCCCAUUAUCGGUGAACCAUAUACUUUCCCAUUUGAUGGGCUGCAUAACUAGUUAUAUUCAGGAUAAUCUAGGAUAAUUAUUAGCCCAAAAGAGCGAAAAUAGUCCUUUAAAAUCAUUUCUCGAUAGUCUGCUCCACCCAUAUAUUCUAGUGCAUUUUAUAGAUUUAAAUACCUCAGCAAGCCAAGACUGAACAUGGGUGGAUCUUUGGUUUUAAGUCGUGUGCUUUGCUGUCCUGGGAGACUGCCUGAGAUGGAUGGUUAGCUGUGCAAUACAGUGGGAUGGG